CUCCUACGUCGCAAAAGGACUUGUUAGCAUUCCUUCCGAAAUCUUUGUCCGGUUAGUAACCUCGCCAUACACCUGCCUAAAGAAGGUGAAUGCAUUAAUUUUACAGGUUGCUCAUAUAUGAAGUUCUUCUUUUUUGACAGUGUUUCUUUUCUUUAUGACAAGCGUUUGUAUGCUUUUGGGGUUAUCUCUCGUCUUUACUUGAUAACAAACCUUCCAACACACUGUUUAUGUAUAUACUUCCGUUCGUUCGGCUUAUUAGUUUAUGUACUGUUCAGGAAUGAUCGGAAAUGCUUCUGGAAGAUUAUAUCACAUCUAAUUCGACGACGGCUUCCAUCGCAGAUCAAGUUCAACAACACUUUUUGCCCAAUUCCUACGGCUCGGUGCCCCUGCCUCCAACAGAUAACACCAUGGAAUUAUUAGGACCACCGCCAGUUACUCGACUUGUCCCAGACAACCUAGCUGCAGCGGCGAGGUUGCCGGCAAACUCGGCAUCCCGCGUUGAAGCAAUCAAGAACUUGCUCUGCUCCGAGUCCGAUUCGGAGUUUAACGCGCUCUCCGGUGACAACUCCAAUCUUGCCAAGCAAAACCCCAGCCUCCCACAAUCAGCAUCAGGUGGACCUUUACUGUUUCCCGCCCAGCUGCAGGCAUCACUUUCCGCGAUUCCCUCGCCGAUCCCUCGGAUGAGCUCCUAUGCUGCUCCAACCUCGAUUGGUGACUACCGAACACCGCGUCACCCAUACCAUAUUCCUCUCACCAUCAAGAUCCCUAAUAAGAUCAGAUUGCCACCACAGAAGGAUGGUAAGAGGAUAAACCAGCACACUUACAAGCCCCAUGCACCAGGAGAUGGGCUGCUGAAGAUCGACCGGAAACCAAACACGACUGCAGCUUCGAUCCCCGGAGUCCCUGUGGCCUUGGUGAUGACCGACAGACCAUACCAGAGCGCCAUCAUGACCGAUCACGGGAUUCUUAACAUCAUCAGCUCUAAUGAACCCGGAUCAAAGGUUCCUACCCCACCCCCAUCGUAUCUCAGCGUCAAUUCGAACUCGACAGGGUCAUCGUCUUGUUCAUUGGCACCAAGCCUAGCAUCGACAUCGUCCCUCGAAGAUCAAGCCCAGGCUGCAAUGGCGAUGUCUUCAUUGACGCACUCGAUGACGGCCUCCAGUGGCACCAUUCCUAAAAGAUCAAGAUCGAGAGGUGGAGUUGGUAAAAAACGCACAUCGUUCACAAGGAAUCAAAUUUGCGCCAUGGAGCAGAGGUUCGACCAACAGCGAUACUUGACAAGUGUAGAGAGGAAAGAGUUUUCAAACUCGAUUGGUCUUGAUGAUCAUCAUGUCAAAAUAUGGUUUCAAAACCGUCGUAGCAAGCUGAAAAAGCAAGCUGUUGUUAGCAGCAGCGAUGCCACUGCACGAUCAUUGGUGAAUAUCCGAGCUUCACAACUUCCUGGGCAAAACAUUCAGCCUUCUAAAACCAUCACAAACCACGUGACCAAAUCAGAAUAUACGUCAUCAUCUUCUGUGUCGUCCUGCCAGUUGACAAAACCCGCGCCUGGAGUGCAUCCAUCGCAUCCCACUCCUGCCACCGUUUAUCAUCCAACCAUGAAUGGUUCGAUUCCCGCAGGUAUGGCGCCACCUAAGUCUGGAUCGGGCAUGUUGUAUGCACCAAUUAACCCAACUAUUUCAUCAGUAACGAAUUCAUAUCCGGCUUCGACGAUCCCAACUGGUGCGAACGUCUUCGCAGCCGGUGUACAGGGUGUUUCAGCCGUUGGGGCGCCGCCGUUCGCUCAUCCGUAUGCGCCCCAGCAGACUGACUCGAAAGCAACUACCAUGAUGUCGUCUGCUCCCCAAGGUAAUGUCCCGACAAUGACAACCCAGACGAGUGCGACGCACGGGGUAACAACGAAUGGUGUUCCGUUCCAGCCGCCAUACGGCUACGUCUACGAUUACGGUGCCGAUCAAGGAAACCCUUUCGUCACUCAGAGUUCAAGAUCGUCGUCACCCUUCGAAAAUUUCCCGUUUUCACCUGCAGGAUUCCAUUGCCAUCCGGAUGAUGUCAGUGUUAAUCCAUUUAAUCAGAUGGCAAUAGUGCCUCCGGUGAAUAUAAUGUAAUAUUGACUUGCCAGUGGAAUGUAAUUUAUAUAAAGUCUUUUAUAUUGACCAAUAUUGAACAGAUAUGGAGCAUGUGAAACUUUGCAAAGGAUAAUAUUUCAAAAGCAUAUAUGUUUCGUCGGGAUUUUCUCUUUCCUAUCUAAAUUUCUCUUUAUUCUUCUUAGUCUUUGUCUGUUUGAUUUUUGGUCGGUUUGAAAAGUUUAUUUUUGUUUUGAGCCGAAAGUAAGUUCCUUUUACGGAUAUUUAUUUUAGCAUAAGUUUCUUAAUGUUUUUUUUCGUUUUCAUUUGAAAUAAAUUACUUUUUACGAAAAAAAAAUAUUCAAAAUAUAAAGAUAGUGGCUGAAGGGACGGGUGAAAUAUUGCGAAUACCUUGAUCCCUUAUCAACGGAGUUUUGCAAUCAAUUGCAAAAUAUCAGUGGUCUAUUAGGACAAUUGUUUUAUACACACUCACCAUCCUUUUACUACAAAUCAAAAGCAUUGUCCAAAAUUUGCAAUUGGUCGUAAAUGUUAAUGGGUCUUGGAUCUGAUUUGCUAAACCUACCAAUAUUCCUACCAAAUCUAAUGCAACAGUCACAUCAAAGAAACCGACUUGAAAGAUAUUAAUGGUAUGCCAUUUGCGAUAUACAUAAUAACAGUUGGUGGAUCCAGGUCGGGGGGACAUCCAGCCCGUGCCCCCCCCCCCCUCCCCAUUGAGGGGCACAAUUUUUUUUUUUUUGCUUGUCAAAUUUUUCCUGUAACAAAAUGACUUCCAUUUGGGAGUGAUUUUUUUUUAAAUGUUUUUUGCUUGUCAAAAUUUUCCUGUAUAAAAAUGCCCCCCCCCCUUAGAAAUCCUGGAUCCGGCCCUGUUCCCAAUUUGGUUUCUCUUGUGUGACUGAGUUGGAUGUUGAGUUGAGGAAUACGCCUGCAGGUUAAUGCAUUUUAGAGUACUUAACUGUGACGUAAUCAUCUUUAACAAAAAAGAAAAUAUUUAUAUUAAAUUCAUUUUUGCGUUUCUGUAUUUCGAUCUUGAUGAUUUUUCAGUAGAUGUAGAAAACACUCCACAUACAUGCACUUUGAUACAAAUCUGCGUAUUGUGGCCAAAAGCAUGACGACAUGAAUACCUUAUUACAUCCAACUGAAAUCAGAGUCAACUGCCUGGAAACAGACCAAUUUAUUUCAAUGGGCUAAGAGAGUAUUUAUGCUACCGUAAGCACUUCUGGGCGCUAUGCAGAUGAGGGGGCCAUGGUGUUACAUACUCGCUAUUUUGAAGUUUUUUACUGUAUUACACGAAAUAAAAAAAAUCAGAAUAUUUAAUGAUGAGGAACCAUUCACUAAAUUCAAAUUAUGAUAGUGAUUUUGCAAUGAUUGGGGUGAGAAAAUGAUAUGUCAAAUAAUAUAACACAUAAUUAAUUGAUAAUUGAAUUGAAUAAAAAAAGAUAUGUAGUGAUUGUGUGACGUCAUCGUCUCUCACUUGAAUACACUGCUAAUGAUACAAAUCUCUACUUUUAUUAAUAAGUGAAAGUUCAAAAUGUCGUGAUUUUCUAAUAAUCCGACUUUUAAUUAUAUUAGGUAUACCUGUUAUUUUUUCCGAUUAUAUUCAACUUAAUUUUUGCCGGAGGUGACUUGCCAUUAAAAGAAACAUGAUCAAAAUAGAUAUGUAAAAUUUUGAAUUUUGUAACAUAGAGUCAACCCAAUGCAGGCCCCUAUUUCUAGACGAUCGCCCCAACCAUACAAUGAAUUUCAUUAUCUCAUGUAGAAAUGCAAUUCAAGGAUGCCGGGAACAGUCACGUCGGUGCGGAACGGACUCUUAACAAGUCGACUGUGUGUAUAAUUCGAUGUACCAUGAUAGCUUUGAUCGGUCUGUUCCCCGUCUUACAAAAGAGUUAUCGGAUUAAACCCAUCAACCUAAACUAUAUGGAAAUCCAUCGAUGUCAUAAUUUCUGCUACAGGAAACUUGUACAAUAUCAUUUCUAAACACAAAGAAGCAGACUGAAUUUUCAAGAAAAAAUUAGUGUAUUAAUAUACAUCAUAAUCUGGAAAGUAUUUUCAACAAACAUGCAUUUUAUAUGUUCACUGAUGGCUUUCCAUAGUUUUGGUUGAUCGGACCAAUCGUAACUCUUUGUAAGACAGGGCCCUGGAAUCUGUUUCGUUGGUGUGACUGUAUCAAUACGCCAGUGAUUGCCACAGUCGUGUCGGUUUCGAGGUGAACUUUGUAUGAAGGUCAAGAUCACCCAUGUUGAUUUGAAUUGAUAGAGAAAAAUCAAACAAGAAAGCUGAAAAUUUAAUCAAAAUCAGACGUCAAAUAAUAUUUUUUUUAACUUGACAUUUUAUAAAGUAUCACGUAUUUUUCAUGAAACAGUAAAUAUGCACAACUCAGUGAUAUGCAAAUGAGAGAGUUGAUGAUGUCCCUCGUUCACUAUUUCUUUUGUGUUUUAUUGUAUGAAAUUAUUUGAAUUAUGCAAUAUAUCAAUUUUUACACAUUUGACAGUAAGGACCAACUUGACUAAACCAUUGAAACAAUGGUAAAUCCAUAUGUCAAGGAGGAAUAAAACCUUUUUUCCACAUGACAAUGAGGAGAAAAUUUGAAUAUUUCACGAAAUAAAAUACACAAGAAAUAGAGUGGUUGAUGUCAUCAGUCCCCUCAAUUGCAUAUACUAACCAGAAUGUGAAUAUAAUUGUUUUGUGAGAGUGAAAUUAAGCUAAACUUUAAGAUAUCAUAGUAACUUUCUUAUUUUACAUUCCGAUUUGGGUAAAAUUUUCAGUGUUAUGCUUGUUGGAUAUUCCUCUUUUUUAUUCAAAUCAGCUUUUUGUUGGGGUGGACGUGUCCUUUAAUUAAAACAUUACGAUCUGUGCUCGAGACAAAAAUUAUGAUACAAAUAAAGACGAACAUAUAGCAUGUAUAGGAUCUAUAAUUAUUCUUUUGCAGCAAGACAAAAACGGGUCAGUAUUAUAAUCAGAUUAACAUUGAUAAGCCAUGAAACUCAUCUUGUAGUAUAUUUUUGAUACACGAAUUCACCGUUUAUAUAAUAAAACAGAUAUUGCCACAUUAA